AUCUGAUACGUGACAACCUUAUUUCUAGUUCUAUGUUCAACUUAAAAUGCUCACCCUGUUCUAAACAGUUCACUGUUGACAAAUCCAUCGAACAAGAAGGUGUAUUCCAGAAGUUAGGGCAAUUAGCAUCUUCUUAUUUCAUUAAAUUAUCAUUUUAUCUUGUUAUUUAUACAUAUACAUUAUGUUUUGGUCGGGUUGUUUAAGAAUAAUUUUAUAUAUUUUUAUAUUUCUUAUAAUUGUUUUUGUUGUGGAAUCAAUAUCGUACGGUAUCGGUUGGCUUUUUGGAAAAAUAUUCCGCAUCAUAUUUGAUCCAAACAACAGUUACCGUGCGCGCCACUCGAGUCGCAAGUGGUACCUGCUAUGUGACAAUCUUAUUUCUAGCUCUAUGUUCAAGUUAAAAUUCUCACUCUGUUCUAUACAAUUCACUGUUGACAAAUCCAUCGAACAAGAAGGUGUAUCCCAAAAUUUAGAUCCGUCAGCUUUUUAA